CUGAGUCUGAGACACAUGAUGGGAUGGAGGGAGGGGGACGCUGCUGUCGUGUCUACACGCCUGGUGUCGUCCGUCCAAGCAGUCAUGGCCUCGUCAGCCGGAUGCAUCAUCGCCUCCUCCUGCAGGGACGUCAUGGAGGACAGACACUGGCUGACCGACGCCUACAUCAUGUUCGCCACGCCUUACUUCGCCUACGACAUCUACGCCAUGUUCCUGUGUCACUGGCACAAGCAGCGGGUCAAAGGUCACGAGGAGGAGGAGGGGGAGGAGGAGCUGGGGGGCGUCAGGUCGCUGGGGGCCGCCGUGGUGGGUUACCUGCGCAGGGAGGUCCUCAUGGUGCUGCACCACGUCUUCGUGGUGGCCUUCUGCUUCCCCGCCUCACUGCUGUGGAGGCAGGGUAAAGGUGAUUACUUCCAGGGCGUUUUGUUUCUGGCCGAGCUCAGCACACCGUCCGUCUGCCUGGGGAAAGUCCUGAUCCAGUACAAGAAGCAUCACACUCUGCUGCACAAGGUGAACGGAGUCGUCCUGCUGCUCACCUUCUUCAGCUGCCGGGUGCUGCUCUUCCCCUACCUGUACUACGCCUACAGCAGGUAUGCUUCCAUCCCGCUGUACUCGGUGCCCCUGGUGGCCCCGUGGCAGUGUAACCUGGGGGCCGCUCUGCUCUGGCCCCUGCAGCUCUACUGGUUCGCACUGAUCUGCAGAGGGGCCCUCCGCCUGUUCGCGAGACGCUCAAACUCACCGCCCUGA